CUUCCUCCUUUCAAGCCAAGCCAAGCAUCAGCCACCGAAACCCACUCUCUCCCUCUCCCUCUUCCCAUGGGUAGAUCGGAAGCUUUCUCUCUUCCUAUCACUCUCCUCCUCCUCUCUCUCCUCCUCUUCCCCUACUCCAUGGCCGACCCAAGGAAGCUUAGCCUGGUCCAGCAGCAGCCCCUAGUCCUCCAGUAUCACAACGGUCCCCUCCUCACCGGUAACCUGACCGUCCACCUUCUAUGGUACGGCCGCUUCUCUGCCUCCCAGCGCUCCAUCAUCGCCGACUUUGUCCGCUCCCUCUCUGCCGUUUCUCCGGCGGCUCCCUCCACCGCCUCCUGGUGGAGCACCACCGCCCGGUACCGCGGCGCCGCCACGCGCAUCUCCCUCGGCCUCCAACUCCUCGACGAGAAAUAUUCCCUUGGGAAAUCCCUCACCUCCGCAGACCUCGUCACCCUCGCCGCCCGCGCCGGCCACCAUCGCGACUCCGUCACCGCCGUCUUGACGUCCUCCGACGUCGCCGUCGAGGGAUUCUGCAUGAGCCGGUGCGGGACCCAUGGGUCCGCCCCGGCCGGCCGCCGCGGCCGGGUCCGGUUCACGUACCUCUGGGUCGGCGACUCGGAGGUCCAGUGCCCGGGCCAGUGCGCCUGGCCCUUCCACCAGCCCAUGUACGGCCCACAGACCCCGCCGUUAGUUGCGCCCAACGGCGACGUCGGCAUGGACGGGAUGGUGAUCAACUUGGCCACGCUGCUGGCAGGGACGGUGACGAACCCCUACGGCGACGGAUACUAUCAGGGGCCGGCGACGGCGCCGUUAGAGGCCGUGACGGCGUGCACGGGGAUGUUCGGGAGUGGGGCCUACCCGGGUUACCCGGGGAAGACGCUGCUGGACCCCACCACUGGGGCCAGUUAUAAUGCGAAGGGAUUGGCUGCUAGGAAGUAUCUGCUGCCCGCCAUGUGGGACCCAAAGACGUCGCAAUGUACUACCCUUGUGUAGGGAAAGCAGGUGGUGCAAAUAUUUCCGUAUUUUUUAUAUAUAUGUAUUUACUGUGAAAAGAAAGAAGGGGAGCCAGGGGUAGGGGCUGGAGGAAAGUGUUAAUAAGGAUAGGGAUUUCAACUUUUGUUCUGGAUGUUGUUAGUUAAUAUCAUGAAGCAUAUAAUUGUAAUUGUUUUGUUGUUGUUGUUGGCCAGUAUGUGUAUGGAAUGAGAUGGUUGAUUUGGGGUA